UCACCACUCACCAAGGCACAAGAGAAGAGAGAAAGGCAAUGAUAGAAGUGGUGAGAGGAGAGAUGGCGAAAGAUCUGACAUCCCUUCUCAUCGGGGAAGAAGGCUACCUUUAACUGCACUGAACCCCACUCUAAAGAAGCAACUUUAGACUUCUUCAUUUCUCGAUCUGCAAGCAAACCCUAGUUCUCCUCUCCUCUCUGAAAUUUAAUCCUAAUUUUCUCUAUAUUUCAUUGGGUUUCACUCCAUCUAACCCCUCUUAACCGACCGCCCGAUGCUGUCAUGCUGUGUCCAUCUGAGGAAUUGAUCUGAUGCAAUUUCUAUCGCUUCGAAUUUCUGGGCACUUUUUCGUUUCGAAUUACAGUUCAGAUCGAAUUGAAGCACUGGAAGCUUUCAUUUUCUGAACCCUAAUUGAGCUUUCGUCCAUGGCGAAAGAAUUCAAUGUCCCGCCCGUAGUGUUUCCUUCCGGCGGGAAUCCCGGAAGCGGUCCGCAGCAGCGGCGAGUCCCAACGGCGCCGUUCCAGCCACCUCGCCCUGCAAACCCAAACCUCCCUUUUAUGUCAUUUGAUAUUGGAUCUGCUCCUCCACCAACAUCCUUCUCGGCUCCUGUUUUUGGUGCAACUGGUGUGGGAAUUGGUUCUAGCUUUGAGGACGAGCCUCCCCUACUUGAAGAGCUUGGAAUCAAUACUCGCCAAAUCUGGAGGAAGACUAUCUCGAUCUUGAACCCUUUCAGAGCAAAUGCCAAUCUCCAUGAAGAUGCCGAUUUGUCAGGUCCAUUUAUCUUCCUCAUUGCUUUCGGUCUCUUUCAAUUGCUCGCUGGAAAGAUCCAUUUUGGCGUUAUCUUGGGUUGGGUCACUUUCGCCUCUUUUUUCCUCUACGUUGUAUUCAACAUGUUGGCGGGUCGCAAUGGGAAUUUGGAUCUCUACCGUUGUUUGAGCCUCCUUGGCUACUGUAUGCUGCCAGUGGUGAUCUUUUCGGCGUUUUCAUUGUUUAUUCCUCAAGGAGGAGUUGUUGCAUAUUCCAUGGCGGCUGUUUUUGUGCUUUGGUCGACGAGGGUCUGCACAUGUCUUCUGGUUGAACUUGCUUCCUGUGGGGAUGAGCAUCGGGGUUUGAUAGCUUAUGCGUGUUUUUUGAUCUAUACAUUGUUUUCUCUGCUAGUUAUAUUUUAAAUGGGGUCGUUUUUAAGUGCUAGGAACUGAAUUCCCUCAUUGGGAGUUCCAUUUCUUGUAGCUGUAACUCUUUACCUUUAGCAUUCAUUUUCACUCUGUUUUGAUUUACAUGUAAAGCCUGCCUAUUUUGGCUCUUGGAAUAUUGAUGAUGGAAAUGCAACUCUUUCACCAAUUCAGCAACUUUGGUGGCUGAGCAAUUGUUUUGUGUUUA